UUCACUCUCAUUUACUUCAAAUUUACAAUUCCUGUCAUUCAACUAAGCUAAUCAACUACAUUCCCAUCUUCUCCUUGUGUACUAGUUCAUUUCCAUCCUCAUUUAAGGUAUGAAUAAAACCCUAAUUUUUGUUCAAUAUGCAAAUUGUUUUUUUGUUCAUUAUUGUUUGAAUUGAAGUUAUAAAAACGUUAAUUGUUUGUUACAUUCUAUUGUUUUCAUGAUUUAAGCUUACGUUUUACACAUAUGUAGUUGAAUUUUAGGAUUUGUUUUGUAUGCAUAUAAAGUGUUUGAUGAAAUGCUUCAAUGAAAGUUUAUUACUUUGUAGGGUUAGUUUAAUGGUUUUUGUAUAUAUUCAUGGUAUUUUUAGCUUUUAUAUUUGAAAUGAACCUUAUAAUAAGUGUUCUAAUAUCUUAGUAUCACAAAUUCUUGUAUUCAAAUUUACACUUCCCGUUAUAGUGUAUUGGGGUGAGGAAGUCAUGAUAUUGGUUGCAAAUUGGUAGCAAAUUGGUGGAGAUAUCACAUGAAAAAUCAUUAUCCCAUUGAAAAACAUGUUGAAUUGGCUGCAAAUUUGGAUAAUGCGAGAGAAGUCAUGAUAUUUUUAUGAUUUUUAUAACACUUAUGGCGAUGAAAAACACGUAACAGCGAUCAUGGCGAUGCCGGGCCCAGUUGAUCCAUCAGUGCUUACGCUUCAGGCGACACACAGGAGCGUAGCUGCGUGGGAGGGCUCCACUGCCCAAUUGGUUACUCGUCAGCACUACCAGGCGAGUACGUUACGGUAGGAGGUGGAUGACAGGGUAUUAGACGUAGUCGAGCUAGCUGGUUUCAGAUACAUUCACCGAUUGUUGGGCGGGGGCUUAGAGCUCGAUCGAGCUCUUAUCACUGCAUUGGUGGAGAGGUGGAGGCCGGAGACACAUACCUUCCACCUCACAGUUGGCGAGGCAACGAUCACGUUGCAAGAUGUGGCAGUUAUCAUGGGACUGCCGGUUGAAGGACAAGCAGUCAUUGGCCAUGGGGAGGGAAAUUGGCCAGCAUUAGUACAUGAGCUGCUAGGGGUUUGGCCGGAAAACCCUCAAGACCCCACCCAGCCGAAGAUCAUCGUUGGAUCGUCAUUGAAGCUGACUUGGCUUCGACAGCAUUUUAGCGCGCUUGAGGAUGAUGCAGAUGAUGUGACGGUUGACAGACAUGCCCGAGCUUACAUUUUGUACCUGUUUGGAUGCAUCUUGUUUCCGGACAAGAGCGGCGACUCGGUACAGUUGAUCUAUCGUCGAGCUACAUCUCCCGGAUCGUGUCAUGCGUCAAUUCGGUUUGGAGCAGGUAAUUCCGCAAGCCUGUGACACCCAACGUCAACUACAUGCGAUCGAUCGGAGGACUGGGGACAAGAACUACCUCGUACGACAUAGAUCGCAUGUAGAUGCGUGGAACGACCGAGCAUCUACAUUGGUUGGAGGAGAUAACUUCACAGGUCAUUGCUCUGCUAUGUACAUGAGUUGGUACAGGCGCAUCUCCGUAUUACGCCUAACGAACACCGCAUUUGCGCAGCCAGGAUCACAUUACCAUCCGACAUCUACGUUACUGGCUGAGCGCAUCCGAUCGGUGUUGAUACAAUGUAAUGACACGAUUCAAGGGGCCGCUACAUCGCCAGUUGACGUGGGCUAUCGGCUAUGUUCUCAGACCUUAGGCUCCAUUAAUGCGUCGUUGACCGAUGCAUUGAGUUAA